GGAAAAAGUAGUAAAUAAAGGGUUGCUUUCCUGUAUGAUCUAUGUCCAUGGAUCCAGUUAUAAUAUUUCUAACAUUAAUAAGUGAUGAAUAUGUGAUGAAAAUAAUCAAGAUGUGAGCUGCUUCCCUAUUAAUACUGCACAUGUCAAGAUAGAGCAAAUUCCAAUGAGAAAAAUCAAUCUGUUUUUAUUUAUUUCUGAAGUCUUAUCAAUAAAGGCCUCACUUAUGGGUAAAGUGUCGGAUGCUGUUCUGCAUAGAAGAUAAAAUCUGAGCAAACGUUCCAUAAUGAAUUGGCUGGCAUGCAAUUCAAACUGUAUUAUAUGUUAAUAUUUUUUUAAGAAUCAAAAAGAAUAAGGAUAUUGAAUGUCAAAAACUUGUUCAUCAGAUUUUUUGCAAAUCAGUUCAGAUUAAUAAUAUGUCAAAUCAGGAGUUUUAAUUUAGGAUAGCACACAAAAGUUGUCAUAUAUUUGUCAAUGCAAUUAUUCUUAACUGCAUUUACUAUUAUUAUUCCUUUUUAUUACUACGAUGGAGAAACGACUAUUUCGAGAUAUCUUGUUGCCACUGGAAGAAAUUGCUCUUAAGAGAGUGGUUGUCAGUCUGUGCAUCGAUACAUUAAAUUCAAAUUGGAGUCUUCUAGACAAUUUUGACCUUGUUGCAGAUGAGAUUAGCGACAAAGUUUCAAAAAUUUUGCCGGCGUCACUAAAGGAGCGAAUGAUUCCUUUUGUCAGGGUCAUUGGCUCCGAAAUAUUACAUUGGCAAACAUACCAUGAAAAUAUUUUACCUGAUAAACAUGAUGAUUUCAGUUUCCAUUCUUUAAAACACUUACACUGGACCUGUAUGGGCACUAUAGAUUAUCGGAAAACAGCAGAAAAACUGAUUGUUCUUAAAAUGUUUGAUGUCACAAAACGCUACGAAUUAGCAUGUUUAUAUUGCCUUGAAGAUUAUAUUCCACUUCUCUGGGAAGAAGUCUCUGAAGAGUAUAAAAAGCAUUUGAAAGAACAAUUUUAUUUUUCUGUAGAGUUGCAGUUGAGAUAUUAUUGGGCUUACCUUCUGAAAGGAGAAGAAUAUAAAUUCAGUUGUAUCUUUAAGACUCGAUUACCGGAAGAGUUAUCCUUUUAUCAGUUUGCAUUCAAGCAGCUGGCUGUCCAAGGCAAUAAAGCAGCGGCUAGAUAUUUUUUUCAAAAACUUUCUAACAGAGAACGAGAGUCUUCUUUAUAUUUUACUAUCUGUUCUGUUUUAAAUAAACGGUUUAGAUAUUUAUCUGAAACAAAGCCUUUUGACUUUCCGAAACAGAGUCUCUCUGAUGUCUUAUUUUAUUUGUUGUCCUUGAUGAAUCUCGAGCAGCAGAUGCUGGCAUUAAAAAAAUGUCCUUGCACCAUUUUAGCAAGCUGUCUAGAUUGGCCAUUGAAUGAUCUUUUCUUGGAAGUCGCUAAUGUUAUCUGGACCUUUCUUCCUAAAAUUAUGUAUGAAGAUUUGCUAAGUUGUAUGCUUCAGGUCAUUAGAACUUCAGGUUACUAUAAUCCGAAAUUGUUUCAGGAAUUUUUUCUGAAGAGUCCUGGCAGUUUCAGAGAAGUAUUUGUAAACAGAGAAUGUGCGUUUUAUGGUUAUUUCAUGCCAGAAUUUUUCCAUAUGCAAGAUUCUGAAACUAUCAAAGUAAUUUUCAGAAAUAUACAGGCUGCUGACCGAGUAAAACUUGUCUUUUGUCAACGUGUUUUUAGUCUUUUGUGCGAUUCCAUCUCCCAAGGCGAAUGGCAUAUCGUUGAAGUGUGUAUUCGAGAAGCCAUGCUAUCCAAAGAAGACGGGCAAAGACUAAAGACGGAUGUUUUAGAAUACAUGACAAAAAAUCACAGAGAACUGGGAGUCGAAGAGAGAACUCAUAAACGGAAAAGGUUCUGUGAAUUCUUCGAUGACCCCUGUACGAAUGCUGAUGGUGAGGAAAGCUCGAAAGAUGAGACACUUACUGAUGUUAAAAAACUCUCAACUGAUGAGGAAAAGAAUGUUCCUCCAAAGAACUGAAUAGGAAGGUGUGCGUUACUUCUUACAUUAAAUGAAAUAUAAAGAAUCAACCCGAAAUUAUAUUAAGUUUUAUUACAAGCCCAGUGUAGUUUUUUUUUUUUUUUAAGCAUGUAUUGCUUAGAAAUUAGAUCUUUAUGAAAUGCUCCCUUAUGAACAUAAAAAAUAAAAAAAAAAUCCGAUUUUUUUUUUUAUAUAUAUAUAUUAAAAACUUUCUUGUAAUUUCUUUUAUUAAAAACUUUUCUGUUCCAGAGCAAAAAUUUGUUAAAUAAUAAAUUAAAUUAUUUAAAAUUACUUUUUAAAAAAAUGUAAGUAAUUUAAAUAUACAUCGCAAUAUUAUAUACUGUUUAGAAAAUUUAGACACUUCUCAUUGUAAGCAGAGAUGCAUUGUCUAAUUGAUCAUUUUCAUUUGUUUAAAGAGAUGCAAUUUUUAGUAAAAUAAUUGCUCCCUUUUUUUUAUUUGUUAUUUAUUCUAUUUCUUAUGUAUUUAGUCUUUAAGACUCGAUUACCGGAAGAGUUAUCCUUUUAUCAGUAUGCAUUCAAGCAGCUGGCUGUCCAAGGCAAUAAAGCAGCGGCUAGAUAUUUUUUUCAAAAACUUUCUAACAGAGAACGAGAGUCUUCUUUAUAUUUUACUAUCUGUUCUGUUUUAAAUAAACGGUUUAGAUAUUUAUCUGAAACAAAGCUUUUUGACUUUCCGAAACAGAAUCUCUCUGAUGUCUUAUUUUAUUUGUUGUCCUUGAUGAAUCUCGAGCAGCAGAUGCUGGCAUUAAAAAAAUGUCCUUGCACCAUUUUAGCAAGCUGUCUAGAUUGGCCAUUGAAUAAUCUUUUCUUGGAAGUCGCUGAUGUUAUCUGGACCUUUCUUCCUAAAAUUAUGUAUGAAGAUUUGCUAAGUUGUAUGCUUCAGGUCAUUAGAACUUCAGGUUACUAUAAUCCGAAAUUGUUUCAGGAAUUUUUUCUGAAGAGUCCUGGCAGUUUCAGAGAAGUAUUUGUAAACAGAGAAUGUGCGUUUUAUGGUUAUUUCAUGCCAGAAUUUUUCCAUAUGCAAGAUUCUGAAACUAUCAAAGUAAUUUUCAGAAAUAUACAGGCUGCUGACCGAGUAAAACUUGUCUUUUGUCAGCGUGUUUUUAGUCUUUUGUGCGAUUCCAUCUCCCAAGGCGAAUGGCCUAUCGUUGAAGUGUGUAUUCGAGAAGCCAUGCUAUCCAAAGAAGACGGGCAAAGACUAAAGACGGAUGUUUUAGAAUACAUGACAAAAAAUCACAGAGAACUGGGAGUCGAAGAGAGAACUCAUAAACUGAAAAGGUUCUGUGAAUUCUUCGAUGACCCCUGUACGAAUGCUGAUGGUGAGGAAAGCUCGAAAGAUGAGACACUUACUGAUGUUAAAAAACUCUCAACUGAUGAGGAAAAGAAUGUUCCUCCAAAGAACUGAAUAGGAAGGUGUGCGUUACUUCUUACAUUAAUGAAAUAUGAAGAAUCAACCCGAAAUUAUAUUAAGUUUUAUUACAAGCCCGGUGUAGUUUUUUUUUUUUUUUUUUUUUUUUUAAGCAUGUAUUGCUUAGAAAUUAGAUCUUUAUGAAAUGCUCCCUUAUGAACAUAAAAAAAAAAAUCCGAUUUUAUUUUUAUUUUUUUUAUAUUAAAAACUUUCUUGUAAUUUCUUUUAUUAAAAACUUUUCUGUUCCAGAGCAAAAAUUUGUUAAAUAAUAAAUUAAAUUAUUUAAAAUUACUUUUUAAAAAAAUGUAAGUAAUUUAAAUAUACAUCGCAAUAUUAUAUACUGUUUAGAAAAUUUAGACACUUCUCAUUGUAAGCAGAGAUGCAUUGUCUAAUUGAUCAUUUUCAUUUGUUUAAAGAGAUGCAAUUUUUAGUAAAAUAAUUGCUCCUUUUUUUUUUAUUUGUUAUUUAUUCUAUUUCUUAUGUAUUAUAAUUUAAAAGUAAGUUCCUUGCUGCAUUGAAAAUUUUACCUAAGCUUUUAGCGGAAUAUGGUGCAAUUGAAAACUGAAAAAUUGGAUAUAAUACUAUUAGUGUAAUGUAAGCAAAAGAAGAAAAAAAUGUAUCAAUCACUUUAUUUGGGCAAUUUUUUUUUUUUUUUUUUAAUCUUAUAGAAAAUAAAAAUAAAAUUGUAUGUGGCGAUUGAGAUGUGAAAUACUUUGUCUGUUAUAUUAAAGAUUUGUUUUCAGACUAUAAAGUUUUCUUUUUUUUAUCAUUAGUUUAAUUGCGUUUAUUAAAAGGAAAAGAAAGUCAGUCACCAUCCCUGAAAUCAGCAAUCAAAAAAUGCAUUUUUAGAAUUCUUAUCUACCUGAAUGUGAGAAAUAAAAUAAUUUCAAAACACAAAAAACUCGAUAGAUAAAUUUUCACAGAUUUAGAACCUAAACUAGAAGCAAAGAGAUCAAAAGUUGCUUUGAAUCAAAACUUGAUAUAGAUAUAGUAGUUGGAAAUUUUGUAUAAGAUCCGUAAAUGAGCUGACCGUCUGUGCAUACGCAUGAAUGUAACCGUGAUAAAUAAAAAACGGAACAACUAAUUGAAUGAAGCUCGAUUUUUUUUUUUUUUUUUUUUUUUUGCUACUAAAGGUGUAAUUGGUUUGGUUUUUUUUUGGUAUAUUUAAAUUUUGGUUUCAGUCGAAUGAAAAAGGGGGGGGGGGUAAAAACAUGAACUCUUUUAUUUUGCUUCAUUUUGGGGCAGACUUAUGAAGUAAAAUAAUCUUCACUCGAUAAAAAGGAUUAAGAAACCUGCUAUAUUGCAAAAGAGAAAAAGUACGUUUUCUCUAGGAACCUCUAUCUCUGUAUCUCUAGAAGCAUAAAACCUGCACAGGAGUCUGAAAAUGAGGCCUAAGUGAUCAAGAAUAUACAACUGUACAGAAUUUCAAUUUCAGUAAAAAAUAGAAGCAAAUUGGGUUCAUUCUGAACAAAUAUAAAUUAUUUAUAUUCUCAACUAGUUAAUCUAGGAAGCAAUGCUUUGCACCUAAUUAAAAGCUGGACAGAAGCCUGCUUUUCAGUUGCAAGGACUUGAAAAAAACAAAAAAUAGUAAAAGAUUUAUUUAAAAGAGGAGGAGAUUUAUUAAUCAAUGAUUUGUUAAUUUAUAUACAUAUCUAUAGAAAUAAGCUGAUAAUAAAUUUUUUAGUUGAUUGACUGAACACAGUGCUACUUGAAGAAGAAAUUUUUAUGGUAAAAAUGAAUAAUUAUUUCAAAAAAG